AUGUCGAAACCCCAGGACCGCCACCAUGAUCAUGCCAACGGGCAGCACCACGAAAUCCCUCAAACACAUCUCAGCGCUAUGGGAGGCCACCUCGUUGCCGCCUCGGGCGAGUUCGUCGGCACUUUUUUCUUCCUGUACUUUGCGUACGCCGGCAACAUCAUGGUGAUCAAGCAGGGGGCUUCCUCGGCCGGCGAUGGCACGCUAAGCAGCGAUGGCGUAGUCUUCAUCGCUCUAUCGUACGGUCUCUCUCUGCUGGUCAAUGUUUGGACUUUUUACCGCAUCAGCGGAGGCCUCUUCAAUCCUGCGGUGACUCUCGGCCUUUCUCUCGGCGGUCAAUUGCCGUGGAUGCGGUCCGCUUUCCUCGUGCCGGCUCAGAUGCUGGCCGCGAUGUGCGCCGGCGGACUGGUCGAAGCCAUGUUUCCGGGCCAAGUUUCGCAGGCAAACUCGCUGCUUGGCAUUGGGACAUCUGUUGCCCAGGGACUCUUCCUUGAGAUGUUCUUUACCGCACAGCUCGUCAUCGUUGUUUUCAUGUUGGCCGUGGAGAAGUCUCGCGAUACCUUCCUCGCACCAAUCGGUGUCGGGCUGGCUUUAUUCAUGAUUCUCAUUCCAGGUAAGAAGACUUUCUACUUCAAUCUCACCAGACGAGUUUCUGAUAAUCAAAUAGGUGUCUGGGUCACUGGUGGCUCCCUCAACCCCGCCCGCAGCUUUGGGUGCGCCGUUGCAGGCAGGUCGUUCCCAAACUAUCACUGGAUCUACUGGCUUGGGCCAUGCAUGGGAGCCGCUCUUGCAGCUGCGUAUUACCGAUUUGUGAAAUGGGCUCACUAUGAAGAGGCCAACCCUGGCCAGGAUCUACCAGCAGACCCGAAAGAUUUAGCUGCGGCUAACUCGGGAAACCAUGGGCUACCUCACAGCUUAGUACCCCAUCGUCAUGAAGUCUGA